AUGAACCAUCCGCUCGAUGCCCCCUUGCUUCCUCCAAGCCUUGAUAUUCGUCUCGCCGAAUUGCAGGCCGGUGCUCCUGGUGACCCAAUCUUCGUCAGGAUUAGCUUCUUCGACCUUGAGAAAGGUGAACUACCAACAUUUGAGGCCUUGAGCUAUGUAUGGGGAUCAGUUGACAAAGAAAAGACAAUCGAGUGCCACGACACUAGGAGGCAGAUUCGGAUCACCGCCUCGCUCCACGCUGCACUGAACAGGGUCAGAUACCCAGGCCAGCCACGAUAUAUCUGGGCCGAUGCUAUCUGCAUCAAUCAGGAGAAUCUAGCCGAGAAGAGUCACCAUGUGGCCUUCAUGGAUAGAGUUUACGCAAAGGCUACCAAAGUCCUGGUCUGCAUGGGCGGCGACGAGAGCGGAGAAGCAAGCGACGUCGUCACUCUACUGAACGAGCACGCCAGUCGAAUGGGUGUAAAAUCGCUGCAGGACAUGCCACUCCUCGCUUCCAAUGAUCCCGUUCUUGACGACGCGCGAUGGAGAUCUCUCGCUAAGCUCACAAGAGAUGAUUGGUUCAAGAGAGCAUGGGUUGUCCAAGAAGUCGGCAAAGCACGCGAAGCUCGUGUGCUCUGGGGCAACGCGGAGUUCAGCUAUCGAAGUCUAAUGCAAUUGGGAAGGUGGAUCGACCGGUGCGCUCCGCUGCUCACUCAGCGCUUCGGUGCAUAUCUACUUCCUAUUCACACUGACUGGGAGCGAUGGAUGCCUGACUGGAGAGCAAGCGUGGAUCACGACUAUACAUUGAUUGACUUUUUCAGCUAUGCUAAAGGUCUUGGCUGCCGUGACCCCCGUGACAACGUGUACUCGCUUCUCGGUCAUCCGCUAGCACGUACUGCCGCCAACAAGCCUCUCUUGAUGCCUAAUUAUGAGGCCCCAGUUGGCGAGGUGUUAAUAGAGCUCUCAUCUUACAUGUUACGCACUCUCGGCUUGAAGACUCUCUCAUCAGUCGAACACGACAAUUCAACCAUCCUGGAGUAUUUGCCAUCAUGGAUCACUCGGUGGGAUAUGGACCUGACAUGGAGGUCGCUUGGCUAUUACCCCGAUUUCUAUUACCGUGCCUCUGGACCCGAGCCCGAGGAUCCCUCGACGCUAUGGAAGCCAACUUUCUCAACAUCCGCGCCUUCAGUUCUGGCCGUCCAGGCAGCUUACCUAGACACAAUCGACGCCGUGUUUCCCUUUCCUCUGCUAGAUAAGCAAGGGACAGAGUCAAGUGAUAGGUGGAAAGACAUACUUUGGUUUUGGGACCUUGGUACUGCGGAAGAGGUAGCGAGCAGUGCACCCCGGUUGGUGAAUAUACUGGUGGCCAUCCACAGGCAUCUCACGGCUCGCCUCUGUCCAGCUCAACUCCCAGACGCCUUGAGUCUCACUUUAUGUGCGGGACUACAUAAUUAUCUGGAAGUGGAGGCGUCUUCCGGAUCUCUCGAAACGCAUCGAGCGGACUUCCAGGCGUUUUGGCAACUUAUUGAAGGCUCGGCGUAUUCUGAGCUGCCAUCUUCCGGUGGCGAUGCGGAAGCUUGCUGGGCGGAAGUCAAUCUUGCGUGCAAAGGCCGCUGCUUCUUCACGACUUCGAAGGGUUAUUGUGGGCUCGGACCACUUAUUACCCAGCCGGAUGACAUAUGCUACGUCUUCAACAGUGCGCGUGUGCCUUUUGUGGUGAGGGCUAUGGAGAGUGGGAAAUCCAGGAUGAUUGGAGAGGCGUAUGUUCACGGUUUUAUGCAUGGAGAGCUGCUCGACCAGUCAGGGAACGCUGUGCAAUGGAACAGACUUGACUUGUAUUGA